AUGGCCCUAACGUACUCCACAGAUGAACCAGCUCUAGCCACUGAAGAACUUGUAAUCUUCCACUACAAUAUCACCCGUCGAUCGGCCUGGCGAUACAACUGUCGACAACAUUUUGAGGGGGUCAGAGAAAGCAUUGUUGCAUUCGCACUUGGGAUAAAUCAUGCGCUCUGCCCCCCCCCGCCCUGCCAUGUUGCCGUUCUCCGGUAUUUGGAGCGCGAACAAAAAGAGAGAAAACAGGCAACUUCGGACCAAAACAGCCCUGUCCCCGAUCUGGGCGCCUGCGAUGACCUUUAG